AGCACUUCCAUGUGAUUGAUAUUACUAGCGCCUACUUCCAUAAGUACUACUCCUUUGAGCGAGCGCUUUCAUCCAAUUGAUUGCGCUAAUAUCGCCUGCUGCCUAAUCACUGCUCAUUUGAGCAAGCACAUUCAGCUGAUUGUAGCAAAUCAUACAGCUUAGUCGUAGCGCCUGCUGCUUGUAAGUACUGCCCCUUAGAAGAUCAUACCAGUAGCCCCUGUCGUGCUUCAUUCCAGUGUUGCUCGUUCAUUUAGGCGAAGAAAAAAUGCCACCACCUCGCCCAAAGGUUUAAAAUGCCUCGUAUCGAGACACGAGUUUGUCAAAAAUCUCGAACCACCCACCUGUCUACUUACGCACUCUUCACCCUCUGCAGUCGCCAGCUCCUCCCUGACGACCACUGCUUAUACAUGCCCCUCGAUAUCAUUCCCGUCACGGUGGACCCCGAGACCUUGUUUCGGAUGGAACAAAGCGGUCAACCGGUCACCGUGUAUGACUGUGAAUUACAGGGGACCCCCUGCGGGAUGUGUAUGGAGGGAACCACCGGUGCAGUGUCAGCCCACCUACGUGGGCACGGCAUGACUAGUCCUGACAGCGCCAUCACAAUUUGUACAUGGGGCGGCUGCUCCAAGACGCUCAAGAAUGGAAGCAUGGCGAGACACAUCCUUGCUCACCUCGGUGUUAAGGUGCGCUGCUCCGUGUGCGGAGUCGUCAAGUGCCGUCACGAUAUCCUUCGAGCACAUAUCAAAUCCGCAGAGCCAUGUCAUCUCGCAAUCGUCGAUAAUGUUGACGGACCCGGAGGACGUAUGAUCGUCCCUGAGGGUUGGGUUGCUGCUCAUAUGCAUCAGGUCUAAUCCUUAUGAUAUCCGUUUUUUCACAAUCAAGUCUAUAGCAGCGUUUGCUGCAGUGCACGAAGCAUAAAAGCAGCAACUCUGGAGAGACUUCAAUAACAGUUUAAAUACAAAAUUUUCACUUGUACUUAUGUAACAGUGGAGGCAAAAAUGUUAUCUGAUUUUUCGGGCA